AUGCUGCCGCACAUGCCACCGGACAGGCCCGGCUACUCGUGGAAGGCGGCCAGGGCGAGGAUCCCGCCGUACAGGCAGAUGGCACACACAGCCCGCAGCCCGAGGUUUCUGGUGCCGCUGGCAAUGGUCACGGCCGUCGUGCUGCUAUGGCGCUCCAUGGGAACCGCCGCCAGCGAGGUGCAGAGGUUCUACUGCUUCGGCCCCUCCAAACCCCCCAUGCGCAUGACGCCCAACGAGAACGAGGAGUGGUACGGCCACCUCACCACCCCCGUCAUCUUCAACCACCGCAAAGCCAUCGACAUCAACAGCACCGACAUCCAGCACGUCAACCUCGACCCAAUCAAGUCGACCACGGACGCUGCGCGCAACAGGGAGAAGAUCUUGAUCUUGACACCGCUGCGCGAUGCCUCCUACUACCUCGCCAAGUACUUCGACCUCCUCACCCAGCUCACCUACCCGCACGACCUGAUCGACCUGGCCUUUCUAGUCGGCGACACCACCGAUGACACCCUGGCAGCCCUGGCCAUGGAGCUGGAGAGGAUCCAGAACAACCCGGACAUCGCCUUCAGGUCGACCAUGAUUGUGGAGAAGAGCUUUGGCGUCACGACCGGGCAGAGCGUCGAGGAAAGACACGGCUUUGCUGCCCAGGGGCCGCGGAGAAAGGCCAUGGGCAAGGCGAGGAACUACCUGCUUUCGACAGCCCUGAAGCCCGACCACAGCUGGGUGUACUGGAGGGACGUGGACAUCGUGGAGAAUCCACCCAACAUCAUCGAGGACUUUGUCAUGCAUGACAGAGAUGUCCUCGUGCCUAACAUCUGGUUCCACAGGUACAAAGAAGAGAAUGGCAAAAUGGUCGACAUCGAAGGCCGCUUUGACUACAACUCCUGGCAGGAAUCCCCCGAUGCCCUCAAACUCGCCUCCACGCUCGACAAAGACGUCGUGCUUGCCGAAGGCUACAAAGAGUACAAAACCAACCGCAUCUACAUGGCCAAGAUGGGCGACCGACACGCCGACCCGCACGAGGAGAUUCCGCUCGACGGCAUCGGCGGCGUCAACAUUGUCGUCAAAGCCGACGUCCACCGCUCCGGCAUCAACUUCCCCGCAUACGCAUUCGAGAACCAGGCCGAGACGGAGGGUUUCGCCAAAAUGGCGAAGCGCGCUGGCUACGGCGUCUACGGACUGCCCAACUAUGUCGUCUGGCACAUUGACACGGACGAGAAGCCUGGCAAUGCUUGA